AUGUUUUUGCUGAUCACCGCAUACGCGGUCAAUGGUUCCGAGUGUCCGCCCAAUACGGUUGAAAUCGUGUUCACCAAAAGUGGUAUAUUGUGUGCCACCACUUCAUACAUACCAGAGCUCCAACAUUUUGCGGUCAAUCCCAAGGAUGUGCCGCAACUUAUAGGCAAUAACCCGCCCGUCGAGCAUCACGUAACUGUGCCCAUUGUACCGGAGCCAGUAGUCAAUCCAUAUGACCUGUUUAGGCAAAUGCCUCACUUGGUUGCCGGUACCAGCACUGGCAUAAAUAGUGGACCACAAUUAUCAUCAUCAAUAAUGCCAAUAUAUAGCGAACCGCCGCCCGUACGUCCACCCACUGCUGAUUAUAUGACUUCAGCAGCGGUGGCACCAAUUAUUUCUGCCGUUCCCAUAGUUUACGAUCACAUUAAUUACAUCGGCAGCAAUAAUAUGAAUGACCGCAGACCCGACUUAAUUGACGACAAACGGCUACACUAUCAGCGUAUGCUAUGGGAAAAACUGAGACGAGAUUCAUGGGCUAAACAUCUACUUAAGAAAUAUCAACAACAAAAACAAGAUAAUAGUCAACAACUGAAUAAUAUGUAUGACAUGACAGCACAUAAUAAUCAUAAUAAUAUGUCGCCAUAUGAUCCCAACCUCGAGAUACAACACAGCGCUUACAUAGACCUGCAAAAAGUGGAUCCAAAAAUGCAAUCGCAUAGUCAACUACCAGUGCCUACCAAUGAUGACUCGUCGUCAUCGCCAUCGCAGACCAUAAACGAAGGAAUUGUCUACGAGACCAGCGCUGAUGAUAAUAGUGGCAAUGAUGCUGACACUGGUAGUCAACAAACUACCGAUAUUGAUGACAAACAAACGGAUCAGUCAUCCACUGUGAUUACCAAUGGCGACAACAGUAUUAAUUCAAAUCAGCAACAGUUAAAAGAGUAUUUAAAUUAUUUAAAAAAUAAUAAUAAACGCCAUACAAGUGAUAAUACACAUAGACAUCAUGAUUUAGUUAAGACUAGUUCACAGGUACCCGAUAUUAUAAGAGGUGUUAUGCCAUCAGCACCUAUAAUCAAUCAGAACCGGUAUGUACCCAGCGAUGAGCCAAUAAUUACUGAAAAUAGUUAUGUUAGCUAUAAUUGGGAACAAUUGAACAAUAAUGACAAUAGAUAUCAAAACAAGAAAUUAAUAAACAAUCCUAUGUCUGAUAGCAAUAGUCUCAGAGUUGUAAAAAGCGAUAUGACUUUUGGACAACGGCUCACACCUAAUGGACAGAUUGUUAAACAGUAUGUCUAUAAUAAAGAAAAGCCGCAAAUGAUGGCCUAUAAUGACAACGAAAAAGUUAGCGAUAAUAGCGUUGACCAACAAAAUGACAAACACAACGAUCAUACAUAUAAUAAAAAUACCGACGAAGAGGUAGUUCUGGUAACAGCAGAUCCACAACAAAUGCAAAUGAUUGAGAAGUUAGAAGCGGAACAACAGCUUAAUCCACACCAUAACUAUAAUCAACAGUUUGACAACAACGACAACAAACCUAAAUUGUUGCAUAAAUUUGAGUCUAUAUCGACCAAUGUUGAUAGCAAUCAGAAAAGUAAUAAUCAUCUACCAGUGCAAACAAAUGCAUUGCACUCAUAUACCGGUGCUAUACAUAAGGUGCGCAACGAUUUUCGGUUGGAUGGCAAUCGCAUUGAAUAUAACGGAUGGCAACCAUUGAGAAGAGCUAGAGAUCAACUGAUCAGUGAUAAAAAUGAAGAGCACAGAGAGUCAAAUAAUGAUGAGAUGGCAUCCGCCUCCUCAUCCAUAACUAAUACUUGGAUAUCGAAAAAAUCACACAAUUUUCCUAAUUUUAUACCUAUUGUCGGCAAACCAGAGAAUCAUUGGUUGAGUGAUAAUAAAAGUCGAUUUUAA